AAACGUCAUUUCAAUCCUCAAUUUCUUCACGCACUCAUUUUCCGAACUUCCAGACUGAACUCUCCGCCCCUCUCCUCCGAGAAAUCCCGUCGCGUCUCCGCCAUGGAUGGUUGUACAGCAGCUUCCGAUUCUCCAUACGAGCUCCUCUUCCAAGCUCUGUCGCUAAUCCCUACCGCUCACUACGCGGCUCUCCUCCUAGCUCUCUGGCUCGUCUUCCUCUACGAUUUCCUGGAGAUUCAUCUCCUCCGCGAUUUGGCCACCGGAUUCCGGGGAGAUCCCGUCAAGCUGACGUACAAUGCUUCGUCGGAGCUCUACCGGGCCGUUGCUUCCAAAUGCCAGGUCCUCCGCGGCAGGUAUUUACCUACUCUAUGGUUGUGUAGUCCUCACAUUCAAACAGCAUUCCUCACUUUCUUUGGGAAUCCUCCUCGUUUCACUUACAAGAGGGUGAUGUUCUAUACAAGUGAUGGUGGAACAAUUGCUCUGGACUGGGUACUGCACUCUGAUGUCAAUGAGGAUGAUGGUGGUGGUGCCUACACGAGCCAUGCAGUCCCGCAGAAGGAUGACAAAGCUCCCAUUGUGAUUGUUAUUCCUGGUUUAACAAGCGAUUCUGUUGCUCCUUAUAUAAAGCACCUUGUUUUCAAGCUGGCAAAACAAGGUUGGAAUGUUGUUGUAAGCAAUCACCGUGGACUAGGAGGUGUUGAAAUAACUUCUGAUCGCUUCUACAAUGCGGGCUGGACAGAGGACUCUAGGAGAAUUAUCGACCACAUCCAUCAAGAGUAUCCAGAUACUCCCCUUUAUGUUGUUGGAACUAGUAUUGGUGCCAAUAUCCUGGUAAAGUAUCUAGGAGAGGAGACUGUUAAUGUUCCUAUUGUAGGUGCUGUAGCCGUUUGCAAUCCUUGGGAUCUUGCGAUAGGUGACAGGUUUAUCACCCGGAGAUUUGUGCAGAAGCUAUAUGAUAAGGCAUUAGCAUUUGGCCUUGUAGGUUAUGCCAAACUGCAUCAGACUAUCUUGUCUCGUCUUAUAGACUGGGAUGGACUUAAAAAGGUACUUUUAUUUGUUUGUCCUUAGUUCAAUUCCUUUAGUUUUGCACUUAUAAGAUCAUUUAAGAUGCCUGGAAUUGAAGUUUCUGGUCACCGAGGUGGUGAAGAAAUAAAGUGUUUCUAAUAUAAGUACAUGAUUUCUGUUUGAUAUGCACUUUGGCAGUCCCGUUCUGUUCGAGAUUUUGAUUACUACGCCACUUGUAUUCUUGCUAAAUUUGAGACCGUAGACACGUACUACAGGCGUUCUAGCUCUGUUAACUUUGUGGGAAAUGUAGCAGUACCUCUUCUGUGUAUCAAUGCCUUGGAUGACCCAGUUUGUACAAGGGAAUCUAUUCCAUGGGAUGAAUGCAGGAUGAACCCAAAUAUUGUCCUGGCUGCCACACAGCAUGGAGGACACCUGGCAUAUUUUGAAGGAAUAUCCGCCAGUACCAUGUGGUGGGUGCGAGCUGUUAGCGAAUUCCUCGAAGUGCUGCACUCUAGUCCGUUAAAGAACAGACCAAGAAAGGUGGUGGGACCAUGCAGCACAACCACUCCAUUGGAGUCGAAAAUCGACCAGGGGCCUUAUGUCAACUUAAUGGAAGAUGGAACUGUAACUGCAGUCGGCGAUAUCCAGAGAGACAAGAUUGCAGCAGCACAACCAGACCAUACCGCCGAGGAGAAUAGAGAGACAAUCACCGAAGACGAAGAAGAAACAAGCAAAGAUGCAGCGACCAGUAAAGAGGAUCCUGCUGAAAGCAAACCGGAAGCUGCUGCAUCUGAUCAAAAGAAACUCAAUGAUCUGAUUGCUCCCAUGAAGCGACACAUAACUCAGCUCACGCGGCACAGCAGGACAUCCAUAUGGCUUCUUGCUUACAUCGCCAUCGUAACAACUUGGCCGGUGCUGGGUUCUGGCCUGUUUUUCUACCUCAAGAAAAAGUUGAGGAGCUUCCUGCUACCAGCUUUGCCUAGCAGAUAGAUGAAUAUAGUUCUUGGCUGUUGUAGGGUCUGUAAGGUUGAGGGGUUGCACCCCUCCUUGUAAACUGCCCAAACAUUAGAAUUCAAGGACGGCAAAGAAAAGUAGGAGAAAUAAGGCAUAAUGUUGUCAUCUCAUGUAUUUUAUACUUGUAAACUACAAAAUAGCUUAUGCCAUUUAUGUAUGCAUUGAAAAUGCUUUGUUUACAAUUUGGAGUCAAAUGUCUGCAAAUUCAGUAAGGAUGAAUCAUAUAUAUUUUUCAUUUAGCCAAUACAUGAAAAUAAAUGUCUCC